AUGUUCCCCUCGAGACUUGAGCAGAACCAGCUCAAGGCUAGCAUCGCUGCUUCUUACAACAAGCUGUAUAGUCAGUUCUCGGCUAACGAGUUGCAAGAGGUGGGCAAUUACAAGCUGCUGAAGGUGGUUGGCGAGGGAAGUUAUGGCAAGGUCUAUUUGGCAAGUCAUCGGCUUACGCAUCAAAAAGUUGUUCUGAAGAUGGGAUCCAAAAGCGACCCUAACGUUGUGCGAGAGGUCUUCUACCACCGUCAGUUCGACUAUAUUUACAUCACAAAGCUGUACGAAGUCAUUGUAACGGAAAACUACGUGUGGAUGGCGCUCGAAUACUGCCCGGGCAGAGAGCUUUACGAGUAUCUUCUGUUCAAAAAACACAUACCGCUAGUAGAAUGCGCCAAGCUUUUUUCACAAAUUUUGGGCGGAGUGUACUACGCACAUUCCAUGAAAUGCGUUCAUCGAGAUUUAAAGUUAGAAAACAUCUUGCUGGACAAGAAGGGACAGGCAAAGCUAACAGAUUUUGGUUUCACUCGCGAAUGUGCCACAAAGGGUACUCUGGAGACCGUUUGCGGCACUACGGUGUACAUGGCGCCGGAACUGAUAGAACGUAAACCUUACGAAGGCUACAAAACUGACAUAUGGUCUUUGGGGAUCAUCCUCUAUACUCUUAUUCACGGCACCAUGCCGUUUGACGAGGACGACGAGAUGAAGACGAAAUUAAAGAUUGUCAAUGAAAAUCCAGGCUACAACCGUGAUCUGAUUGACGCUGACGGCGAAGACUUGGUCUCAAAACUUUUGCAGAAAGACCCCCAACAGAGACCAUCACUACCACAGGUACUGCAGCACCCGUUUCUUCAACCUUAUGGCAUCUCAAUUUUGGAAAAAACUGAAAAGGUGAUGAAACGUCAAAGGCAUGGCAGUAAGAACUUCCAUUCUAAACUGGAACGCAAACUUCUGAAGAGGUUGAAGCAAACCGGUUUCGAUACACAAGCGAUCAAGCACUCCGUUAACAAGAAAAAAUGUGAUACCCUAUCCGGAUUUUGGUAUCUGCUUUUGGAGAAGGAAAAACGAUCGGAAAUUCUGCGACACCCAAGAAGAAGUCGGUCGGUUUUAUCAGUCAAAAAGGUCUUUGACUCCUCGGCUCCUAGCCGAAAAUCCACAGAUAACCCCAAAAAAGAUGACAAUGUCGGUAAAACAACAACUCUUAGGCGAAUUAUGAGCUUAAAGAGUGACACAGCGUCCAUACGACCUCCUCCAAAUUUAGCCAAUUCUAAAGAAACAAAGAAGGCGGAUCCACUGGAUGGAGUCUCCUCCCAGACAAGUAGUGGAAGGUCCAUAAAGAGGCCAAACUUCUUUCACAAGAUGACCAGCUUUUUCAAGAGUAAGAAACAAGCCGAAAAUGCUGCCAAUGAAGAGCCAGUGAGCCCGAGAAGCGAUUCACUAGACAAAAGAAAACGCAAUGCUAUUUCUUUUGAAUCGCGGAAAAACAGCCCAAAGAGAUCUCCUACGCGCUCCGGAAACAAGGACGUCAGCGAAAAAAGCGGUUUAAAGUGUCAAAAACCAACUAUGAUUGCAUCGAACGGCAACACAAAUCUGAAGGCAGAAGAACCUCGACUCAAGAAAUUUAAAUCUAAUACGUCAAGUGAAAUGUCGCGGCAAACUUCAUUGGGCAACUAUGACAGCGAGUUAGAAAACAAGCCAGCAGCAAUUAGUGACCAGUCAAUGUACGAUGAGAGCAGGAACGACAACUCGAAGGUGGGACCUAUAUCUAUUCUGUCUCAACAGUCUGAGAUUUCGAAUGACACCUAUAACUCAGAGUACUCAACUGAUGGUAAUGCCUCCAAUUCCAAGCCAAACAGUAGCAUGAGCUCUCACAACAAUAGAAACACAAGCAGUGUGGUGUUAUCUCCGAACAUGGAUAGCAUCGAUAAUUCCUCACUGCAGUCUCGCGUCAACGGGCGCGGGUCUAUGAGCAUCAUCUCGAGUGCCUCUAGUGCUUCAGAAAAAAGCUCUCGAACUGACUCCUUUUACGAAAUUUCAACCGCGUCUUCUCCCAAAACGAUGGAUUUGAGAGCGAUGAGUACAUACGCCAACGCUGAUACUACCGUGCCCAGGGCCGCUGUGGGCUCGCAAUGGCUCGCUAAAAGAGGCAGGUCACCCGUGGGGAGGCGGGGUCGGUUGCCAAAGAGAAACAUUAGCCGAAAACUGCUCAACAAAAGCUCAACCGCAGCUCAGUCUGUUAUUCAAGAGGAGAGCUCAUUCGAUGAUGACGAAGAUAAUGCCGGAAUUCCAGUUGUGCACGCCACGGCCUCCGAUUUAGAGAGGCCAAGCGGGAUGAAAGAAAAUACUGCUCUGGAUGCGCCUGCUCUACCAGUCUUUUCUGUUUUGAGUCAGGACAAUCCGCUUAUGGACCGCCGUCCUGCACUAUUCGACAUGACGCGAUCUUUGAGCGGUAGCAGUGGGCGUUGGUCUCAUAAUUUUCUUGAAGACAGAAACUCAGAGGGUGCCCUUCAACCUGGCGAGAUCCAUGACGAGCAUUCGAUAUUAGGCAUUGCUGACGACGAGGACAACUCUUAG